AUGGAAUAUUUACAAGAAUUAUCAAAUGAUUUUGGUCGUUUAAUUGAUGAUAAAGAUGAAUCGAACGUUAUUAUUAAAGUUGGAGAAGAAAUAAAUAUGAAAGAAUUCAAAGCGCAUACAUUGAUAUUAAGGAGUAGAUCAUCAUAUUUUCGUACAGCACUUUCAAGUAAUUGGGCAAAGAAAGAAAAUGAUAUUUAUAUUUUUAAGAAACCGAAUAUUUCUCCUGAUGUAUUUGAAAUCAUCUUAAGAUUUAUAUAUAGUGGGAAAGUAUCACUUGAGAAUAAUCAUGGAUCCAAAGCUAUUGAAUUAUUAAUAGCAUCAGAUGAAUUAGAAUUUUUUAAUUUAUGUAAACACGUUCAAAAAGUUUUAAUUGAAAAAGAAUCUGAAUGGUUAUUACAAAAUCUUUUACCAAUACUUAAAAUACUUUCAAAUCAUCAAACAUUUACAAUAUUAUUUGAUUAUUUAUUAAAAAUUAUAUGUAGUAAUCCACAAUUAAUUUUCGGUAAUCAUAAUAAAUUUUUGGAAUUGGAUGAAAAUAUUAUGAUACAAUUAUUAAAAAGAGAUGAUUUAGAAAUGGAAGAAAUUGAUAUAUGGAAUUAUCUUAUUAAAUGGGGAAUUUAUAAAACAAAUCAUCUUAAAGAAGAAAAUUUAACAAAUUGGAUUAAACAAGAUUUUAAAGAUUUAGAAAAAGUUUUACAUAAUUGUAUACCUUUAAUAAGAUUUUUUCAAAUAUCUUCAACGGAAUUAUAUGAUAAAGUAAGGAAACCAUAUAAAAAAAUUUUACCAAAAGAAUUAAAUGAAGAUAUUAUAAAAUAUUUUAUGAAACCUGGAUCAAAGCCAACAUUUCCUAAAGGAAUUUUUUCAAAUAGGAUUAAAAUUAUUAAUUCAAAUAUAAUAAAAUCAACUCAUGCAGCAUUAAUAAGUAGUUGGGUUGAUAAUAAAGAAAAAAAUUAUGAUUUUAAUAAAAUUCCUCACGAAUUUCAAUUAUUAUUAAGAGGUAGUAAAGAUGGUUUUGAUUCUUCAAUAUUUCAUACAAAUUGUGAUUAUAAAAUUGGAACUGUAGUUUUAAUCAAAUUGAAAGAAAGUCAAGAAAUUCUUGGAGGGUAUAAUCCUUGUAGUUGGCAACGAUCUUAUCUUGAUGAUCCUUGGACCAAUCGUCCUUCUUUAGAUUAUCAAAAUACAACGAAAAGUUUUAUUUUUUCUUUCAACGUUAAAGAUGAUAUAGGAAAUUUUAAAUUAAGUAGAAUUAAUUAUCCAAGUAACGCGAUUUAUUGUUCUAAUUCAAAUGGACCUUGUUUUGGAUGUGGUGAUCUAUGGAUGACAGGUAAUUUUGGUAGUUCAAAGAAAACUUCCUAUAAAGAAUCUAUAACUGAAUCUUCUAAUUUUUUUGCGGAUGAAUAUGAGGUUUUUCAACUAAUAAGAAAAGGAAUAAAUUGA